AUGGCCCCACUAAGGUAUCGACCACGACCGAGUGCAAGGGAAGAUGGCGGAAACACCCCGUUAUCCAAAACCCUCCAGACCCCGUCUUCGAAGUCCAUUGACCGCCUAUCGAAACCAUUCAAAUGCCCUGGAUCUGCUACACCCACCCGGACGUCCGAUAAACCUGCGAGGAAACGAAGAAAGGUGAACUAUGCGGGGGCUGACGAAACUGUGGACGAUAAUAGUGAAAAGCCCUAUACCAACGAGGAACGUUUAGCACUCGCCACCAGAGAUGUGAAUAGAUUCCCUGUGUUCAAACCUAAAGAUAAAGAGACAACCUUUAAACAACGAUUCAAGAUACCUCUAAUCAACAAGGCGGUUGACAGCUACAAUGGCGCUAGACCAGCGCCAACUUUGGGGAUGCGACAAGGUGCUACAUUUGUUGUGAAGCCUCUACAUGAUCCUAGCGGAGAAUUUGCGAUAGUGCUGUAUGAUCCAACUGUCGAUGAUGUCGAUGAAAACACUGAAAUGAAGUCGCCAGAAGAUGGAAAGCCGGAAGAACAACAGCCCAAGUUGGACGCUCCCCUUGUGCACAAAAGCUUAGCAGACAUACUUGGUCUCAAGAAAAAGGUUGAAACUGGUCCAAAAGUUCCAGUCGUGAUAGAUCCAAGGCUGGCAAAGGUUCUACGACCACAUCAAAUUGAAGGUGUAAAGUUUUUAUACCGCUGCACAACCGGCAUGGUCGAUAAGAAUGCACACGGAUGUAUAAUGGCGGAUGGAAUGGGACUAGGGAAAACGCUUCAAUGCAUCUCAUUGAUGUGGACAUUACUCAAGCAGUCUCCUGAGGCAGGCAAGACCCUUAUCCAGAAGUGUAUCAUUGCUUGUCCCUCAAGUUUGGUUGGCAACUGGGCCAAUGAGCUUGUAAAAUGGCUAGGUAAAGAUGCCAUCACGCCUUUUGCGGUGGAUGGUAAAGCUUCGAAGACAGAACUCACAUCCCAGAUCAAGCAAUGGGCUAUUGCUUCCGGUCGCGCCGUUGUAAGACCUGUGCUCAUUGUGUCCUACGAAACGCUCAGGAUGUAUGUUGAGGCAUUAAAGGAUAGUCCCAUAGGGCUACUUCUUUGCGAUGAAGGUCAUCGGCUCAAAAAUAAGGAUAGUUUAACAUGGACUGCACUCAACAGUCUAAAUGUGCAACGUCGUGUUAUCUUGUCAGGAACCCCUAUUCAAAAUGAUCUUUCGGAAUAUUUCGCCCUGCUCAACUUUGCCAACCCAGAUUUAUUAGGAUCGCAGAAUGAAUUUCGGAAAAAGUUUGAAUUACCUAUUCUCAGAGGAAGGGAUGCUGCAGGGUCGGAAGAAGACAAAAAGAAAGGCGAUGAAUGUCUAGCUGAGCUCUCAACCAUCGUCAACAAAUUCAUUAUCCGCCGAACAAAUGAUAUAUUGACGAAGUACUUGCCAGUCAAGUAUGAGCAUGUUGUCUUUUGCAAUUUAUCUCAGUUCCAACUCGACCUCUAUAACCACUUCAUUCAGAGUCCAGAGAUUAGGAGCUUGCUCAAGGGCAAAGGAAGCCAACCGCUUAAGGCAAUUGGCCUUUUGAAAAAGCUCUGCAACCAUCCUGAUCUGCUAAACCUCUCCACCGACCUUCCCGGGUGCGAAUUUGCAUUCCCAGAAGAUUAUGUGCCACCUGAGGCAAGAGGGCGUGACCGCGAUAUCAAGUCUUGGUAUUCCGGGAAAAUGAUGGUUUUGGAUCGAAUGCUAGCACGCAUACGCCAAGACACUAAUGAUAAAAUUGUUCUCAUCAGUAACUACACUCAGACACUUGACCUGUUCGAAAAGCUAUGCAGAUCGAGGGGGUAUGGCUCAUUGAGACUGGACGGUACCAUGAAUGUGAAUAAGCGGCAAAAGCUCGUCGACAAAUUUAACAACCCAGACGGGGAAGAGUUUGUAUUUCUCCUCAGCAGCAAGGCCGGUGGAUGUGGCCUCAAUUUAAUAGGUGCCAAUCGCCUCGUGCUGUUUGACCCAGAUUGGAACCCAGCUGCUGAUCAACAAGCAUUGGCGCGAGUUUGGCGUGAUGGUCAAAAGAAAGACUGUUUCGUGUACAGGUUCAUCGCGACUGGCUCAAUUGAGGAAAAGAUCUUUCAACGACAGUCUCAUAAGCAAUCGCUGUCCUCAUGCGUUGUGGAUUCAGCGGAGGAUGUUGAGCGGCAUUUUUCUUUGGAGUCUCUCCGCGAACUAUUCCAAUUCAAACCGGAAACUCGAAGUGACACACAUGACACCUUCAAAUGCAAGAGAUGUAGACCGGAUGGAACGCAAUUCAUCAAGGCGCAGGCUAUGCUGUAUGGCGAUACCAGCACCUGGAACCACUUUGUUAAUGAUGGAGAGAGGGGUGCCCUCAGCAAGAUCCAGGACCUGCUGAUGCGCCAAGAGACCGGGGAGAGAGACGUGUCUGCGGUAUUCCAGUACAUAAGUCACUGA